AUGCCUCUUGGAUCACCGGGUUCUGGGAAGUCGAUCGUUCAAAUCGAACCCCAACAAGUUGUGCUCAGAAUGAAACCAGGAGAUUCAUUGAGUGUGCCAUACAAAUAUCUGCAUCGCAAGCCGCCCCCUGGAUAUGAUGUCAGGGAUUUUAUGGUUCAAACAAGCGAAUACAAGAAGCUCGGCGUUAACAUGGAAUUUUUCGUCGAAUGUAAUGGGCGAGAAAUGGAAACAAAGCACUGUCCAGAAAUAAAAGAAGGACAAAAGCUUAACUUCAAAAUUAAAUCUGUUACUACCAACUUAUUUAAGAUCACUCUUCUGGAAUGCCGCGAUGGCGCUGACGCGGCUAUAUCGGUAGGAGUCCACGGUUAUACAACAGUUUCUGCUCUCUACAUCACACCACUAUGUGGUUGCGAAUGUGAAAAACCUAGUCAGCAGGAGAAAAAUUCGCCUCUAUGCCAUCAACAUGGUAAUCUUAUUUGCGGCCAGUGCGUUUGCGAAGCAACUCGAGGAGGAGAUAAAUGUGAAUGUCCAUUGGCUACCUAUGGGACAGUAACAGCAAGCAUUCCUGAGAAAGAAGAAACGCCGGAGGAUGGGCCUAGUGAAAAUAACGAGGCGGAGGAGAAUAUCGAGGACACUGCCGAUACCGAUGAAAGGACUGAACAUGACGACAAAACAGCUCCACCACCUGAGACCACUGAAAAUGACUACUCCCCAGAACCUGGCACACCGGAAGAAGCUACCUCUGCAUCAUACAUUAUCUCUGUGUCAGGCUUCACAACUCUCAUCGCAUUAGCGCUUAUCUAA